GGAUUCUCCGCACGGACAGAUCCGCUGACAUUGCUGAGGGACAGGUGUUACGGAACCGAGCCGUGAAGCGUGUGGAGCAGCGGUACCGGACCAGGACCAGGACCAGGACCAGGACCAGCAGAACCGGACCGGGACCGGGACCAGCAUGUACCGGCGGCCGCUGCGCGUGGCCGCGCGGAGCGUCCUGGCCGCGGCCGCGCGCACUCAGGUGUUUGAAACCGAAGCUUCCAGAGCGCUAGCCGCCGUGCAGCUAGCCGCCGCGGGCCCCGACCCCGCUACGACGCCGCGCCGGACGCUCCACGUCGCCACGCAGAUGCUGAACGUGAAGGAGACGGCCCAGCACUCGGAGGACGAGGUCGGAGCUUUUACCAGACUGAUCGAGGCCAUGGGCUUCACCGGCUCCCUCAAGUACAACAAGUGGAAGAUCAAGAUCGCCGCCCUGCGCAUGUACACCUGCUGCGUGGAGAGAGUCAACUACGACGACUUCUUCCACCGCUGCUCCCUCCCCGACACCCUGAACUCCUGGUUCCUGGUGGCCCAGCUGCACGUGUGGAUGUGUCUGGUGCGGAUGCGGCAGGAGGGCCGGGAGGGGAAGUACAUGUGUCGCUACAUCGUUCACUCCAUGUGGGAAGACGUGGAGCAGCGGAGCAAGAUCAUGGGGAUCGAUGCCAUGCACAGGAAGGAGGCCAUGAAGGCCAUGACUGAAACUUUCUACGCUGCAAUCUUCGGAUACGACGAGGGUAUCUUGUCUGACGACGGCGUGCUAGCAGCCGCUCUGUGGAGGAAUCUGUUCAACCGUCAGUGUGACGACCCCCGUCAGCUGGAGCUGAUGGUGGAGUACGUCCGUAAACAGAUGCAGUUCAUCGACGCGCUGGACGGCAGCGACCUGCUGCUCACCGGGGAGGUGAAGUGGCGCCCCCUGCUGGAGGACAACGCCCAGAGCAUCCUGAAGGUGGCCACGCCCACCUACAACGACGCGGGGCUGUAGCCCCGCCCCCUGGUCUUUAGCCCCGCCCCUCUACCUGACCACGCCCCCUCAGCCCCGAGACCACGCCCCCUGCUGGAGGACAACGCCCAGAGCAUCCUGAAGGUGGCCACGCCCACCUACAACGACGCGGGGCUGUAGCCCCGCCCCUGGUAUUUAGCCCCGCCCCCUCUACCUGACCACGCCCCCUCAGCCCCGAGACCACGCCCCCUGCUGGAGGACAACGGCCAGAGCAUCCUGAAGGUGGCCACGCCCACCUACAACGACGUGGGGCCGUAGCCCCGCCCCCUGGUAUUUAGCUCCGCCCCCUCUACCUGACCACGCCCCCUGCUGGAGGACAACGCCCAGAGCAUCCUGAAGGUGGCCACGCCCACCUACAACGACGCGGGGCUGUAGCCCCGCCCCCUGCCAUAGACCACGCCCCAUAUACAGACCACGCUCCCACCGGCCCAUAUGCCACGCCCCCUGAGUCCCGAGGCCACGCCCCCUCCGCCGCUGCCAUCUUAGCUUCCUCUGCUCCUCUAGAAGCACUUUCUUCUUCUCCUGGACCUGGUUCUGGUUCUGUUCCAGAUCCAGAACCAGAUCCGGUCCAGAACCAGGUCCGGAACCAGAACCAGGACCAGAACCAGGACCGGGCCGAUCCGGGUCGUCCCCGUCUCCCGAUCACUCCGUAUUUAUACCACGCUCUUCUUCUUCUGCUUCACGUGUCAUGAAGGUUCUGCCGGCGACCUGGUUCCUGGCCCGGUUCUGACCCGGUUCCUGGCCCGGUUCUGACCCGGUGCUGGCCCGGUUCCAGUCCGGUUCUGGCCCGGUUCUGGCCCGGUUCUGGCCCGGUUCCUGACCCGGUUCUGGCCCGGUUCUGGCCCGGGUUCUGACCCGGUCCUGACCCGGUUCUGGCCCGGGUUCUGACCCGGUUCCUGGCCCGGUUCUGACCCGGUUCCUGACCCGGUUCCUGACCCGGUUCUGACCCGGUUCCUGGCCCGGUUCUGACCCGGUUCCUGACCCGGUUCUGGCCCGGUUCUGACCCGGUUCCUGACCCGGUUCCAGUCCGGUUCUGAUGUCAUGUUUUUAAAAGUCCAAUAAAUGUUUGAUAAAGUC